ACUUGAAAACUAAAUAAAAUUAAAGUUACGUGAAAAGAGCUUAAAGAGAGACUUUUUUUUAAAGAAAAUAAAACGGUGUUAAAGAAAGUGAUAAUUGACAUUCCGUAUAUUUCAUUGCACGGUGAUGCAUGAGUCGUGUUUUAAUGAGCACCCUUUUUUUGCACAGUAAGGAAGAAAAAUAAAAACAGCCUUAAGCACACAAAGCGCACAGUUUUUAUAUAUCGCACGCUUUUAUUAAACGAACAAAAUUAAAUUUAAACAAAAUUCGUAAACUAAAAGAAAUAAAAUAAAACGUAAAUUCGUACAAAGUUACCACAUUCCGCCCAAUCGAAUGCCUAUUCCAUAGAAAAUAAAAAAAGCCUCGCGUAUUUUUUGGUAAACGUUUGUUUACGGUAAUUGUGUUUUGACAAAGGAUUAGAAAUAACAAUUGUGAAAACUCUCCCCUUGUCUGUAUAUACAUAUAUUUUUCUCUCUCCCUCUAUUGCUCGGUUAUCUCCCUCUCUUUGAGGGGGUGAAAAAAAAAUGAUACGGACGCGAAGAAUACGAGUGAGAGGGACAAUGCGUGUGAGAUGGUACGAGCGAGAGGUGAGAAGUUACAUUAGAGAGGACUUUCCUCCUCAGUGAUAAAUAUACAUUGUUUAAGUAAAAAUAUAUUUAAUUAUUUAAAUAUACGUUGAUAAAAAUAUGUCGAUAAUAUUGAACUUGAAAUGAACUUUGGAUUUUGAGAAAGUAUUUGUGGUACUGAUCCAAAAAUUAGUGUUAUUUUGAUUUUUUGUUUUGGUUUUGUUUUUUUACUGCACUGUGCACCACUUUUUUGGUCAUUGGCACCUUCGAGCACGAAAAAGCACCUUCGAAGUUCUGUUAAAAGUAAAUUGCACAAAACUCACGUUGUAAUCGAACCACCUGAUUUCAGGACAGCACUCUGCACUUCUACCUCGAAAGAGAAGGACGUGCGUUCUCAUUGGGAGGACGCUAAAAGGGCCUAACGCUUCAUCAAAAAUCGUCUCAAUCAAAAUUUCAAGAAGCUAGUGAUAUUCAACGGGAAAAAGUUACUAUAUAAAACUAACAUUUCUGUUCUCCUUUUUCUAAAUCUUCCUCUUCCUUCUCCUUUGUUCCUAAAGUUCCUAAAAAUCCGAAUCCGUCUUCUUUUUUUUAAUUUACUGUGAGUGUGGCAAACCAAAAAAAAAAAAAAAAAACUUGGGCCUAACGUGAAUUUUUCGACUGACAAACAAACAAGUUUAUAAACAAUUAUAUUAAAUAAUAAAAGAAAAAAAAAGAGAAAGAAGAAAUAUUUGUAUUUCGUAAGAUGACGAAUCGAAUGCUCUGGCUCCUCAGUUACGUGGGACUGGGGCUUGCAUUAGCCUUGGGAAAUCGGCCGGUAAGCAUUGAAAAGGAUCAAAAAGGAAAUCAAAAGCACGAGAAAAUGGUUGAUAAUAUGAAUUCUGUCGAUGGAAAUACACUUCAUUUGAGGUCGUAUCAACACGAUGUACCUCUAAGGAAUAACAUGUACCUGUACGAUGGCCAAUCGGAAACAAUAAAUAAUAAUAAUAUAAAUAAUAAUAAAAAUCCUUCACAUUCCCCAACGAGUGUCUUUAAUAAUGAAAGGAUCAUGAAGCCUUUAAAUUAUAAAAAUAAAUGGUUGGACAAUUUAUAUUCAACUGUAUUGGAUAUUAUGCAUCAAAAUGAUGAUGUUGAGGGGAGACAUGAUAAUGAUGAUAAUGGUGUUAUACCUUAUGAAGAGACGCCAUUUUUUUGGCAACAGGAGCAACAGCAACAACAGCAGCAGCAGCAGCAGCUACAACAGCAGCAUAAUGGAAUGAGAAAAUUACCAGACAUUUGGGAGAGGAGAGGACCUGAAAAUGAUGUUUAUGACUAUGUUGAGGGUCCAUUUGUGAAGAAUCGGUUUAAUCGGGACAAUCGCAUUAGUGAUCGUUCUGACGUUGCGAAAUCGUCGUCGAUGUCGUUUAAUAAUGAAAGUGAAGAUUUACCGGAGGAAUCGACUGAUUCAUCGUUAACGGUUCGUGAACGAGGAGAUGAGACGGGGUCAAUGAAUCUAGAGGAUGAUAAAUCCCCGGGGAUGAUGAGGAGUAGAAUUAGCACGACAAAUCGUGAAGCGCGAGGAGUAUCAAAACGGCACAAGCAAAAUUUACCUUCGCUACCUCCAAAUAUUGCUUCGCAAGUUAUGCUCAGAUCGAGUAGAGGGAAUAGGCAGUACGACGUUCCACAAAUUGAAUGUCCAGCAUCUGAGGACGGAAUGGAGCGAUUCGCGUGUCCAACGCCAGAUCGAAUGGGAAGAUAUCGAUGUAUCGAUGAUCAUGUACUUUGUGACGGUUUCAUAGACUGUCCAACGGGAGAGGACGAGGACAGACAAGCUUGUAUGUUCUACAAAACCAUAAAAGCGCAUCUCGACGUUCUGGCGGAUGCUGUACUACGAUGGGCGAGAGGACGUUAAUAUCCCUUUCGUGACCCAUCCUCAUUUCAGCCUAAAACAUCAUAAAUCUGAUAAAUCGCUCUUAACUCCUUCUCCCUCUCACACUCCCUAUUAUAAUAACGAUCCUUUCUACGUUUUCUUCCUCGCCCCCCCCCCCUUUCCCCCCUUUUUGCAAGCACCGUUUCUCAAAAAACUCAAAAAAAAAAAGAAAAAAAAACACAGGGACUGCGUUUUUUGAUGAAAAUUCCAAAAAGAAAGAAGAAGAAGAAAUAGAGGAAAAUAUCAUGCGGCGAUCUUGGAAUUUUUUCGAAGAUAAAUUAAUAAAGCAACGAGGCUGAAACUCAAGUGGUAAAGUCUGAACGCGUUUGGGUUUGUAGAAUUACAAUUCUAAAUGCGAAUUUAGUAACGUAAUUAGGAGAUCAAAGACAGAAACAAAAAAAAAAAAAACUUAAUAUAUAUUAUAUAUAUAAAAUGUGACAUAUAAUUAUUGUUUUCGCCAAUAAUUGAAUCUUCGACCGCGGAUAAUUUUUUUUUUUUUUAAACAAUACCGAAAAAGGUAUAGAAUUUUUUAGACUUUCAAUUGACUGUUUUUUAGUAUGUAAAUUCUUAUCAAAGAAAAUGUAUAAAAAUAAUUUUAUUCUUAUUAUAUUAGAAGAAGAUGAUGAAAAAAACCUGUACCUUUUUCGGUAUUUUUUUUUUGUUUCUUCAAGUAACGCGACUAUUAUUUCUAAUUUUUAUGAUAUAAUAUAAAUAUAAAACAGUUUUAAUUGUAUAAAUAAUAAGAAAAUUUAUUUAAAAAGGAAAAAAAAAAUAUGUUAAUGAUUGUGACUAUAAAUUGAGAGUUGACAUAUUUAAAUGCGCUUUAGAGCGAUUAAAAUAACUUUAAAAUUAGAAUGAAUUUUAGAGCACUCACUAUUUUAUAGAAAAAAAAGAAGAUGAAAAUAAUAAUAAAAAAAAAUAAUGUUUUCUAAAAUUUCUCUCUGAAAGUGAUUCAAAGGUAGAAUUUUUUUUUUUUGAAUUCUUUUUUCGAAAACUGAUGAAGAGUGCUCCGAGGAUCAAAGGAUGGAGAUAAUUCACUUUCGCUGAUUUAUAUAUUAAUAUAAUAAUUGUUUAUCGAAAAGAUUUUAAUCGAGCUAUGAGUCUUUUGAGCACAUAUUAAUCUCUACUCGUAUUUUUAUUAAUAUUGGGGAAAUUAAAUUUUAUUUGAAAAUCGAAGUUUAUUUUAUGAAAAUAAUUGUUGAUUCCGGAUUCGAUAAUAAUA